CGACCGAGCGUCAGGAGGAAGAAGAGGAAGAAGAAGAGGAAGAUGGCCGACUAGGAAGCGACGUUACCCUUUUUUUCUUUUUGGUGCUACUUCGUUGGCGAGAUUCCUUUCUGUAACACAACACAUCUUCACAGCUGAAGAAGGGAAGAGGACGUCUGUUUGUUUGUUUUGUUUUUUUGACGCUCUUCUUUCACGAUGGCAGAACAAAACAGCAACGUCAGAUAUCAAGAGCUGGUGAAUCAGGAGGAGCCAGCCCAGUCAUCCCAGGAGGGUCCUGCACAGGAUGCACCACCGCCCUACAGCAGCAUUGCUGCAGCAAAUGCAGCUUUCUUUGAAUACAAGGAAGAAGGAGGAAGAUUUCCCAACCCUCCAUCAUACAGUGUUGCCACCACUUUGCCCUCUUAUGAUGAAGCUGAGAGAAGCAAAGAAGAGGCGGCCAUCCCCCUGGUCACUGGAAGAGUCACGGAGGACGACUUCGUGGCCAGGGAUGACUUUGAAGAUGCUGACCAGCUGCGAAUAGGAAACGACGGCAUCUUCAUGCUCACUUUCUUCAUGGCAUUCCUCUUCAACUGGAUCGGCUUCUUCUUGUCGUUCUGUUUGACCACGUCAGCAGCCGGCCGAUACGGGGCCAUCUCCGGCUUCGGCCUGUCCCUCAUCAAAUGGGUUCUUAUUGUCAGGUUUUCUACCUACUUCCCUGGUUACUUCGAUGGGCAGUACUGGUUGUGGUGGGUGUUCCUGGCUCUGGGCUUCAUGCUGUUCAUCAGAGGCUUUGUCAACUACUCCAGAGUGCGUAAACUGGCUGAUCCCACCUAUGCCACUCUCCCCCGAACAAGGGUACUCUUCAUCUAUUAAAGGAUGUUGGAUGUGGAAGAACUGGACAUGACCAACACAAGCAGCAACUCUGUGAGGAGUUUCAAAUUUUAAGUGAAGACACUUAAAAAUAAAUCGGCCCGACAUGCUAUAGAUGAAGACAACUCUCGGUUUAAAUAUUCAGGAAUUAUAUCACUUGUUUUAUUUUGUUUUUGAAACUUUAUUAAUGGAAAAUGGUUAACAGUAAUAGUCCCUUAACGUACUCAUUAGUGGCGAUUGUUAAGUGCUAUUUACAUCUGUCUGUAAUGUGUAAGUAAUGCCUUAUAUGAUUUUGAUGGUAGCGUACGAGCAUGCAUCUGCCCUUAAGGUCAAUAAAUAGGGACAGUCUCGAUGUUGGUGACACUUGAAGCCAACAGGUAUUAAUUAUUACAACACUCUGUAGACUUGCCAUAGCAUGCAACACACUUUAUAAUCUGCACUAAUCUCAAUCAUGGUUUUAUUGUGACUAUUAUAGUCUGUUUUUAGAUACCACAUACACUUUAAAAAAAAAAGAAAAAAAAAAGCAAAAGCUUUCAUUAGGCUGUAAAUGCUGAUAUACCGAUUACCACAUAUUUCACUCACCUGUUGGCUUUAAGUAGUGUUGCCCUUUUUUUUUAGCCAGGAGGGGGCAGUGUUGUCUGCUGCUUUUUAGGGUGUUUAGAAACUGUUAAUUAAGGGCAUUGUCAUAAUUAAGCAUACAUGCUUGUGAUUCAGACGCAGUGUCAGUGGAGCACAUCAAAAUUACAUCCAUGUGUCAGAAGUUAUGAUUUUACCUGUUAAAUGUUUUUGUUGUGCAUUAAAUCAGGUAAAACUAUCCACCCUGGAAACAGAAUUUAGGUUACAAAUAUGAUCUUAAAUGAUCCGGUUUGAGUUCUUAAAUGUGAACGAGCCGCAGCCCCCCCCGAAGCCGGAUGGCCACAAAUGUCGAGUGACAAACCUCGGAGCAGUUCGGUUGACAGUGAAGGGAUGUCGAAAGUCCUUUGACAGUGACAGCAACCGAGAUGAUUUUCUUAUGGGCCCAUGAGCACAUUUUCAUGGUUCAUGUCCUUUUUAAAAAAAAACUCAUUUAGAUUUUACAGCCUGACCUUUCCAUGACUCCACAGUGAGUCAGUGGAGUCGGCGUCUCAUUCACUGUCAGUGGAAAAGCUCUGUGAUUAUAGAAAAGAGUCUCGGCUGUCUGGAUUUCAGCUGUUGAUGAUCUCACUCAGACAUUUUUAGAUUAUCUAAGAGCAUAAAAAUAACUCAAAUUCCAUUUUCAGGUGGGUUUUUGCCUUAAGAUUUAAUUGACAGAUGGGGAAGGGAAAUCUGUUUUUGUUCUUUUUUUUGAAAAUUGAGUCAUAAGGUGUAAGAUGUUAGCUAUAUUGUGGGUAUAAAAACUAUAUCAACGAAUGUUGUAUGCAGGUGCACUUUGAGAGACAUAACCAAUAAAACCCAGUAGAUAUUUCCAUCAUUAAGUCCCAGACAUAUAAAACAAAGAAUGAAUGAUGCAUCGGUGCAGGAGUUUGUUUUUGUUUUAUGUCAUGGAGGAAACAGCAUGCCGGGAUAACGCAGUUUUUCAAGAUCUAAUCACUGUUUAAAUGGAAGGAGUUAAUAUGUAAUAUUUUAGUCUGGUCCAGCAAACUGAUCAGUUAACGUCAUACUUCUGCCACGGCUUCGGUACAGACCCAUUCUGCUUAUUUCUAUGUGAUGUAGAGCUGCAACCUUGGGGUUUUGUUGAUAUGAAACUGUACAGAAAACAUUUAGUGUUAAAUAAAUGUCACUUUUAAUGCGUCA